GCCGGCAGCUUAGGGCCAGGUCUCUGCUGCUCCCAGGCGGUCCUUUUGGGUAUUACCUGAGUGAGAAUGGAGAGGAAGACCAGUCAUCAGUGGAGGAUCAGAUUGGGGGAGACACUGGUGCAAGGAGGCUGAGUGAAAAGGGGAGCACUAAGACCCAGGGAUAGUAGAAGACUGCAGCAAACGAGCUGGAGGAGAAGUAGGCGCUGGGGGCGGGGGGAUGGGAGCCAUCUGGUACCUUGGUCGCCUCCAAAACAACAUUAUCCCUAGCCACUGAAAUGGCCAGCCAGUCCCAGGGUAUCCAGCAGCUCUUGCAAGCCGAGAAGCGGGCUGCUGAGAAGGUGGCAGAUGCCAGAAAGAGGAAGGCUCGGCGACUGAAGCAAGCUAAAGAGGAAGCACAGAUGGAGGUAGAGCAAUACCGCAGAGAGAGGGAGCAGGAAUUCCAGAGCAAGCAGCAGGCGGCCAUGGGCUCCCAGGGGAACCUGUCGGCUGAAGUGGAACAGGCUACAAGGCGCCAGGUACAGGGUAUGCAGAGCUCCCAGCAGAGAAACCGGGAGCGUGUUCUGGCCCAGCUGCUUGGCAUGGUCUGCGACGUCAGGCCCCAGGUCCAUCCCAACUACCAGAUCACUGCUUAGGAUUGUCGUCUAGGACCCACUACAGGGUUUGACUUCUCCUGCCAGUUCCUUUCCUCAAAGAAAUCUCCUAAAUCAAGAUCA